AUGACGACUACACCAAUACCAAGUUCAACAACAGACGCUUCAUCAACCGAUGGUUCAACAAUUUCUAGUGUGAUUGUCAAUGUCACCUCAUCUCUCCUCUCUUCUGUUCUCGUCACCAAUUCCUCUGGCUCUACUCCGCCAUUGACAACUCUGAAUUUUACUGGAAAUUCUACACCUCCAAAGCCCGCCAGACCCACUCUCCCUUCUACCACCACAAUGCUCCCAAUCUCGACUCUAAACUACACGGAAAACGACGAUAUUAUCUCAUUCAUCGUCUUUGUCAACCUGGUGCUUACUUGUUGUCUUAUGAUUGCGGUGGCUUAUAACAGACAAGUCUUCUGUUUCGCGAAACCAAAGAAUGGGAGGAAAAAGAAGAAGAAGUCGAAGAAGAAGAAGGGAAAGCAUAAUGCGGAGCCAUGGGAUGAUGAGGACAAUGACGAUGAGGAUGACGAGGAUUUUGAGGAGAUUUGA